GCCGAGUGUGGACGUCCAAGCCCGGGCGUUUAAAGCGCCUCCGCUGGCGGUUUGUUUUGAAUGUCAAAGGCUGUCGAGCUAGCGAUACACGUCCGAAUAUUGUUGGUAGCCUAGCUUGAGCUAGCAGGCUAACCAGCUGCGGCUAAUCAAACGGAGCCCGGGCGAUGUGACAAAUUUCGGGCGUUACAGCUGGAGGCUGGUAUUUGUAUUCGUCACGCGAGCACCUUGUGCAGUUUUGGGGGUUGUUAUCCUAAGCAGAACGUGACGGGAUAAGUGUUAUUACGCAGGCGUAGAUGCUGAGGGUAGACUAGUUAGCAUGUAGCUCACAGCGUCUCCCAUUCAUAUCCUGCCCAGUGGCGCCGCUAAAUGGCUAAUAUCCGCUGUCUUUGUAGAGAAGGCAAGUGGGUGAUAUGUUUGGAUUCUGGGGUUACCGUGUGGAAGGUGGAUUAUUGUAUGUGAUUAUGCCAGGGUCGUCCCGAGGCAAGACGACGAGAGACCGCAAGCAAAAGUUGUCAUGGAUGAUGAAGACGGCAGGUGCCUUCUCGAUGUGAUUUGUGACCCUGAGGCUCUCAAUGACUUUCUUCAUGGAUCUGAGACCCAUUUGGACACUGACGACCUUUUGGAUGGUUCGGGUGAUCCCACCACCUCGUUCUUCUCUUCCACUGGGGGCCAUGUUCCAGAGGUCCAGCCUACGGUUCAGCUCUCGGCUAAUGAAGCGGCAGGCCUGCCCAGAGUCAGCGUUGACCUGGACUUCCUGGAGGAUGACGACAUCCUGGGUGGAUCCCCAGACGGAGCAAGCGGGAGCAAUGGCAUUGGGACGAAUCACGAGCCCUGCGACAUCUUGCAGCAGAGCUUGGCCGAGGCUAACAUCACGGAGCAAAGUUUACAAGAAGCCAAUGCAGAGUUGGAUCUGGAAUCAUUUGGGAUUCCAGGUCUUCCUCAAGUGGUUCAGACGCUGCCUGAUGCCAGCCUCUCGGGAGCAGGGGGCGCGGCCGUUGGUGUAGGCAUCAGCGUCGGGGGGGCGGCGGCUGCGGCGAUCUUUCCUGGGUCGGCCCAAAGUGCCACCGCGACUCCCCCGAACGCCACCGCUGAGAUGCUGGGGUCUGUGCUGGCUCAACAAGGUCUUCAGCUGCAACCGCAGGUGAUGAAUAAGGCCAUCAGUGUUCAGCCCUUCAUGCAGCCCGUGGGCCUUGGGAAUGUGACGCUUCAACCAAUUUCAAGUCUUCAAACUCUCCCAAACGGCAGCCAGUCUGGACAUUUGGGGAUCGGACAGAUUCAGGUUGUGGGUCAACCCGCAGUCAUGACUAUCAAUCAGUCUGGACAGCCCAUUCUGGCGAAAGCCAUGGGUGGAUACCAGCUGCAUCAGUCUGGGCCGGAGGUGUCGGGGACGACAACUCAGACGGGGCUCGGGGCGUCAGGACCUGGACUUUUCAUACAAAGCAACAAAACCACUUUGGGAUCUCCAGCGUUAAAUGGACCAGCUGCGGUUGUUAGCAGUGCAAACAGCACCAGUAGCGGCACCAUGACCGCACCUGCUGGACUUUUAGGCUUUGGAAGUACGCCCCUGAGUUCAGGAAUGGCACCCCAAUCUCAGACUCAAGGCCAAAUCAUGCACAACGUGAUUAUCCAGCGCACACCAACACCCAUUCAGCCGAAACCGCCACAGAGUGGAGCCCUGCAAACUAAACUUUUCAAGCCACAGCAGCAGCAGCAGCAGCCACCGCAACAGCAACAGCAGCAGCAGUCGACACCCCAAAACCUGCAGAACGACACCACCAAGGCCCUCGGGUUGCAACAAAUUCCCGUUUCUGCACCUCAGAAUGUAACUUUUCUGGCUGGAAAACCAGGUUCAAACGUUGUUCUCAGCACUCAAACCACAACGCAAGGCUCGCAGUUCCAGCAAACGUUGUUCAAGCAACAGGCGGCGCAAGCGGCAGGCAAGCCGCUCAGCGUACACUUAUUAAACCAAUCAGGCAGCAUCGUUAUUCCCUCACAGACAGUUCUGCAAGGGCAGAACCACCAGUUCCUCCUGCCACAGUUGCAAGCGGGUGGGCAGAUCCUGACCCAGCACCCCGGGGGCCACAUCAUAACCAGUCAGGGACCUGGGGGGCAGCUCAUUGCUAACCAGAUUUUAACAAACCAGAACAUCAACUUGGGCCAAGUGUUGACUUCCCAGGGACAUCCCGGGGCAGCCCACAUUCUAUCGGCACCCAUUCAGCUUCAGCCUGGCCAGAUGGGCACGCCCACCCUGUUUCAGAUGCCGGUCUCGUUGGCCCAGACACAGAGCCAGGUGCAGACCCACACCGUCUCAGGACAUGGCCCGACGGUCAUCCAGGGCAUGCCCAUCCAGAACUCCUUGACUAUGCUAGGUCAGGUGGAGGGCUUGAGCCCCACGGUCAGCCUUCAGACAGCUUUGCAAGCCCAACCAGGUGGAGUCCCUAGCAGCAGCAGCAUCAGCAGUAGUAGUAAUAGUAUUAGUAGUAGUACCAGUAGUAGUAAUAGUAGUGGUAGUAGUAGUAUUAGUAGCAGCAGCAGCACCGGAGCAGCCACGAUAACACAAGUGCAGCCCGGAGAGUGCGUCACUGUACUGGGGAACUCCACCAAUCAGGUUGCCCAGCAGGCCUCUAUCCUCUCCAUGCAGCAAACUCCUUCCGCAAUCACCACCGUAUCGUCCUCCGCUCCAUCCGUGUCCUCGUCUUCACCGGUGACCGCGGUUGGGCUGGUCUCCCACCAGGCUCAGCACAGCCCAGGAAGGCUCCUGUUCACCAACCAGGGCUCCAGCAUGAUCCUCAGCCAGGAGUCUCUGCAAAUGUUCCUGCAGCAGCCGGAGAACAGAGAGGGUGAAUCGACCCCCUCUGCGGGGGUCCCUGCAUCUGUAAUCGUCAGCAGCGCCUGCGUCACAGCUCCGGCCCACACUGUCCAUGACAGCCAAUUAAGUGAUUCAUUGGUGGGUCAGAGCCCCCCAGUGGUAAAGCAGGUACCCUCCAGUGGACACCAGCAGCCCUUGAAAAUCCAGGGUUUGUCUCCCUCACCGGCCUUGACCAGUCACGCUGCAGCGCCCCCUGUGGCCAACAGCCCCCAGCCCUCGCAGUCGCCGCUGACUCUGAGCCAACACAUCCAGUCGCCGCACCAUCAGCAAUCACGUCCUCCCUCGCAGCCCCAACCGGCGUCACAAACGCCCUCCCGCUCCUGCACGCCCUCGUCCCACCCACCGCCCCUCUUCAUUGUCCACAACCAAGUCACAGAGUCUCCCUCGCAGCCCCAAGUGGCCCAGCCGCAACAGACCCAAAUCCAAGUGCAGCUCCUGCCCCAGCCGCGGCCUGCCUCCCAGCCGGCGCCCUACCAACAUCAGGAGCAGCCCCCCAUGUCGCAGUCGCCCAAGCCCCCGCUUGCCCACCCUUUCCCUGCCCCUCCCGCCGGUGCACCGGCCCCCGCUGUGUUAAAAACCCAAGUUCCCGUCCACAGCCUGACAGCGGAUCAGCAGCAGCAUCUUGCGCUGUUGGGAUCGCAAAUCCAGACGCUCUCGGCCAUCAGCCAGCCCUCGCUGCAGCAGAAGCAGUUGCUGGAGAAGCUCCACCAGAUCCAGCAAAGCAUCCUACUGCAGGUCAAGCAGCCCACACAGGCUCAGGCUCAGGCUCAGGCUCAGGCCCAGGCCCAGGCCCAGGCUCAGGCCCAGGCUCAGGCUCAGGCCCAGGCUCAGGCCCAGGCUCAGGCCCAGGCUCAGGCUCUACCACCUCCCAACAGCCAGUUUAGCAUGCAGCAAGACGUGCCUGUCGAGAAAGCGGUGAUCACCUCAUCGGUCUGUGGUGCCGCACCCGCCCAGCUUUCCUCGGCAUUGCAGCCCACCUCCGUGCUCAUUACAAGUCCUGCUACAGCCUCAAGUGACUUACACAUAGUCUCAGGAGUCCAGGGACCUGCUGGAGCCAAGGUGAAUCAGACUAUCGCUCCUGUGAGCCUUACUCAGCCUGCACAGAUUCACCCAAAGCCUGGAGUGAUCAGCUCAGGCGGAGGGAUGACUCUUAGUAAAGGUGGCAUGCAGAUCCACGUGUUAGGCACCAAUGUCACCCAAAUCCCUGCUCCACAGCCGCCAGCCCCUCUCCAACCUCAAACAGCAGUGAAGAUGCCUUUCAGUGCGGAACCGAGCAAAGAAGCCAGGUUGCUGGAGCAACUGAGGAAACAUCAAAGCUUGGUGCUUCACCCAAACUACAGUGCCCCUUUCUACUCGUUUGAGGACACGCUGCACCGACUGCUGCCUUACCAUCUCUACCAGGGAACUGCCAACUCCUCUCAAGAUUAUAAGAAAGUGGACGAUGAAUUUGAGAGCGUCUCCUCUCAGCUCCUGAAGAGAACGCAAGCCAUGCUUGAUAAAUAUCGAUACCUGCUUUUUUCUGAGUCUAAGCAGAGACUUGGCCCCUCGGCAGAGAUGGUGAUGAUUGACCGCAUGUUCAUUCAGGAGGAAAAACUUACGCUAAGCCAGGACAGGAUUUUGGCCAAGGAAAGACCAGAGGAGUUUGUGGCCAACGCUCGCCUGUUGGAGAGUUUAGCUUCGUCCCAACAGAAGUCCCCUCCGGCCGAGCCUGCCUCGAACACAGCCAGUGUUGCUGUGGCCCCGGCUGCCUCCGCCUUGGCCCCUCCGCCAUCAGAGCCCUCACCUCUCACUCCGGCCAUACCUUCGCACGUCCCACCGAAACCCUCGACUGCCCCCAGCCCAUCUCCAGUGCCACCACCCGCUCCUGCGGCCACCCCUCCUUGCGCCUCUUUCCCCCCAACAAAACUAGUCAUAAAGCAGGGUGGCAGCGGGGCCUCUGUGUCGUGGUCCAGUAGCUGCCCACCUCCUCCUGGUGGUUCUGAACCGACCAGCCAGACCCCCUCCUCAUCACGCACGCCAGCAUCAUCAUUGUUCUUCUCAUCCUCUUCCUCCUCCAACUCUAAAAUAGAUGACGAUGACGAUGAUGCGCUCCCGCAGAGGACCAGCAAGCCGCCCAUCAAAACCUACGAGGCUCGGAGGAGGAUCGGCUUGAAGCUGAAGAUCAAGCAGGACCAAACGGGCUUCGGCAAGGUGGUCCACAACACAGCCUUAGACCCCGUGCACACCUCUCAGCCCAACACCUCCAAAUCACAACCCUCAUCCACUCCUACGUCCACCGGCGUCAUCAGAACCCAGUCGCCCGUGUCGGUCACCAUAACGACCACUCAAUCCAACCCCUGUCAGAGUUCGUCCUCAACGCAAAUAAAUGGCACCCUGGAGCACCACAACACUGCCUCCGCCACCCCCGCCCCCUCGCAGACUACCUGCCGCCUCCCCCUCAGAAAGACUUACCGGGAGAAUGUCAGUCCCCGGGUGCGGCCGGGCGUCCUGGGGGGCGGCGGGGACGACGACUCGGCACCAUACCCCACCCCCGCGCACGAAAGGACGGUCAUAGCCAGCGUGAAAGUGGAGAAACGAGGCCGAGACCCCAGCUCUGGCUUGGAUGAUGUUUUCAACCACGCCGUCAAGGGGGUCAAGGGGAACGCAGAGGAUUGCUCGGAGCAGGACGCCGACUUUCCUAAAUUCAAGCGGACGAGCGGGAAAAUGAAACAGAGGCAAGCAGGGACUUUUAGGAUGGACCAGCACGCGCCGGGCCCCCCUUCGCCAGAGUUCCCUUCGUUUCCCGCCAAACGCUGCAAAUCAGAUUCCCCUGACAUGGACAACGCGAGCUUCUCCAGCGGAAGCCCCCCCGACGACUCCCUCAACGAGCAUUUGCAAUGCGCCAUUGACAGCAUCCUCAACCUACAGCAGGAGCCCACUCUACGGGGGCACCACCACCACCACCACAAGGGGGCCCAUGACCGGACAAAUUCACGCUCGAUCCCCCCGCACAGACCCUCGGGUCCCCCGUCAUCUUCCUCCGCCUCGUCCACCCUGGCCCAACACCCUCAGGUCGGUGGCCGCGGCCACAACGGCAACCUGGUGCCGCAGACUCAGAGCAGAUAACGCCCCCCCGCCCCCCGCAUGGACUGACCGGGGGAGGGGGGCUCCCAUGAGAAUAGAGCGGGAGUCCUGACAACUGCCCAGUUUGUCCACGGAAUUCUCUCGUCAUGUUUUUGUUGUCUUGUCCUAUCCGGGCUUCUCCUUAUGUUGUCACGUGAUCAUGGCCCCCACCGUCCCCCACAUUCCUUCUCUCCCCCCCCCCCACCCCCGCCCGCCCUACCACCACAACGGUGUUUCCAGGAUAGUGUUUCCCAAUAUUCACUGAGCCAAGGCACAUAUUUUAUGAGAAAAACUCUUAUGGCACAAGAACAAACUGGAAAUGUCACACAGAGUGUAAUUUAUAUCUAUACAGUAGAUAUACAGAGAGAGAGAGAGAGAAAGAGAAGGGGAGGUAGCUAGCUAGCCCGUACUUACAAGCAAAAAUCACACCACGAUUGAUCCAUGAAAAUUCCCACAGGUAUCCAUUCGUCUGCCUUUCUAUGACUCUUCCAGUGUCUAACCAACAAUAACAAUAAUUGAAUUAAAACUGGUAUUCAAGCGGUCCUCUUCGUCAUGCAGUUCCGUUUGACACCUUGCAAUUGAGUAACAGUUACCUUGAGCUUGGAGUGUCAGCAGCAAUUUGCAAUAGAGCGACUAAAAGAGUCCCAGAAAGGCAUACAAUUGGACGCCAUUGGAAAUUUUUAUAUUAUGAAAGGUAUUUCAUCCAUGAAAAUGUUCAUUGUGCUCCUUGUUGGCGCAAGUUGUGCUGAAACAUUGAACAGUUAGUCAUGUGCAUUCAACGUUUACAUAAAGGUCAAACGAAGCGCAUUUAGCUUUAUUGUGGAAAUUCCCCCAAUGUCCCGAAUGUUUUGUGAGGAGUGUAGCUUCCAUUUGAAAACCAGUCCGAAAAAAAUUCGCGCACAAAUGCAUCAAAUUGAGUGCCAAGGACAUAGCACAAGCCGUAUGGUGACAAAUUUCUAUUAAAAAAAAAAUCAAGCAUCCUUGAUUUUCAACAUUGCUUGAUUUCCAAGCUCACCAGGCCUUGGUUUAUUUCAGUCAGCAGGGGGCAGGCCAGGCUCAUCCCCAAACCUUCACCUCAGUCCCCUUUCCUUCGUGUCUUUUUGUUUUGAUUUGUUGUUAUUUUUUAAUGUCUGCCCCAUGGACAAGUCCAACUGAAACGCAGCACAAGGUUACGCAAAGAGCGGGGAGGCGGAGUGAAAGAAAAAAAAGAACAAUAAUGUACAAAAAAGACGACAAGAGAAUUUGAAGUAUAGUAUUACAGAUUAAUUUUGUAUUGUAUUUAUUGUGUAUAAGGAUACUUUUUAAAAAGAAAUGUACAUUUAGUAAACUGUAAAUUAAACCUUUGCUUCUUUUAUGAAUCCCGUCUUCAUUUUUGGGGAUAUUAAAUUCAAACAUUUAAUAUUCAUUCGUUCUCAUCAACAUCAUCAGUUCAAGACAGUUCUGAGUGUCAGAACAAAUCUUUUCCCCAUGGAAAAUAAUGGAAAUCUAGAUCAGGAAUGUCAGGGUCAAACUAAAACCCUCUUUCCUGUACAUGCAAUGUUAUUGUAUUUUAAGGAACUUUAAAACGUUUGAGCAUAAACACAUCAACUUCUAAUAUCCAUCCAUCCAUUUUGUAAUCCGCUUAUCCUCACGAGGGUCGCGGGCGUGCCAGAGCCCAUCACAAACGAAAAACAGUUUGCACUCACACCUAGGGACAAUUUAGAGUGUUCUAUUAACCUGCCAUGCAUGUUUUUGGAAUGCGGGAUGAAACUGGAGUGCCCGGAGAAAAACCACGCGGGCACGGGGAAAACAUGCAAACUCCACACAGGACGGCCGGAGCUGGAAUCGAACUCUGCACUGUGAGGUGGAUAUGCUAACCUGUCGCCCACUGUCCUGCGUUCUACUGCUGAGAGAUAAACGUAACAAUAUAGCUUUAGAAAAAGUUUUGUUUGGGGGACGGUACACUUUUUUUUUGCAAAGGAAGCAGUACAGUUUUCCAUGUUUUUUUCAUGUGGUAAAAAAGUGUUGUUUUUAAAUAAGAUUUCUUGUUUAAUAAUAUUUUGUCUUUUAUUUGGAGUAUAAUUGAAAACAUACAUUGAAAUAGAAUAAUAGGAAUAAAAUUUUACUCUUGAGAAAAUAAAUGGAGAUGAAAAGUAAUUUAAAGGGAAAAAUCAAUGCAUUUGAAAACUUAUAAGUUUAAACGUAGGUUUCCCACUGUUCAUGGUAAAAAAGGUUUCACUGUUGAAAAAAGUUGUAUUUUGGGGCGUGAAAAAAAACACAUUUAAAGGAAUGAUGUAUGAAUUGCAUUUUAACAGAGCACCCAUACAAGUGCAAAAAUACGUUAACCAAUGUUAAUCGGACAAAAAAAAAAAUCUGCAAAGUCUUGGUUUCAAAAGUUCAAGGGUCAAGUUUUUUGCCAACCUAUGAAUAUUAAAUACAAAUCUCAGUCAAAUGUAUUUAUUUUUUAUAAAGCAAUUCAGAUAAUGCAAUGAUGGAAAGUGGUGUCUACAAAGGUUGGACGACUGUAUCCCAAGUCGCAGAUGUCAUGUGAAAUCCUCGUGUGUCAUUUCAUAAAAAGAUAAAAAGGCCUCUCCGCCCAAAUGCUUUAUUCGUGGUCCCCUCCCUCCCUGUCCUUCCUCCUCUGGAGUGUUUUGUGCUGCCCACAACGUUGCCAGGCAUCGGAGCUUACUUGCUGUAAAUGAGAGGAGGAGGAGGAGGAGCAUCCAAGUAGGAGUGAGGAAGAGGGCUGGGUCGGAAAAAAAAGCUGAGAACGACAUCAAACCUUGCAGAAGAAGCAACAAAAAGACCCAACCUCUUACCUCCAUCAUCAACCCUUUUUU